AGCUCCGGCUUGCUCCCUGCCCACUCCCACGGGGACGUUCCGUGCAGCGGCCGCCGCUUCUUUCACACUUUAGUUAGGAGCCGCGCGCCGCGCUCAGAUACUGAAGAGCUGGCCGCGCGCCGCCGCCUCCCGCACGCACGCACGCGGGCCGGGCUUCGGGGGUUUCGGCUCUUACUCCCGGCGUCUGGGAGGAGGGGGAGACCCGGACUCACUGUGGGGAGGAGGAGGAAGAGGAGGAGAAGGGAGGAAGAAAACAAGCGAGGAGGAUCCGGGCGGGGGGCGGGAGGCUUACCACCUUCAGCCCCCCCCGCGAGCGCCCAAGGUGCGCACGUUUUGACCGACUCAGCAAGAAGGUGGAUUUUCCUUGUGUCUAAAGAGAAGAAAAUGUCCCCGUGUCUGUAGAGAUGCUUUGCAGUUCAGCCCGGCUGAAGCUGACCGAAUGAGACUAUGGGCUGUGCCUCUGCGAAGCAUGUUGCCACUGUUCAAAAUGAAGAGGAAGCCCAGAAAGGGAAGAACUACCAGAAUGGAGACGUGUUUGGUGAUGAGUAUAGGAUCAAACCGGUGGAAGAGGUCAAAUACAUGAAAAAUGGGGCAGAAGAGGAGCAAAAAAUAGCAGCCAGGAACCAAGAAAACUUGUCCUCAGUUCCAGUAAGAAGUGACCAGCUCUGCUAUACCCUUUCAAAUUGCAAAGUGAGGAGUGCUUGGUGGUGGUUCAUCGUGGAGCCUUUUCUUCUGUAUUUGGAAAAAAGUGCCAGUUCAAAUGUAAGACUUAAAACUAAUAAAGAGAUUCCGGGAUUAGUUCAUCAACCCAGAGCAAACAUGCACAUCUCUGAAAGCCAGCAAGAAUUCUUCAGAAUGCUGGAUGAAAAAAUUGAAAAGAAAAUGUUUGGGUUCCUGAAGUGGCCUGAUUUCCUUGGCCCCAGAACUAACCUAGUUGGUGAGAAACAUGAGAAAGUCACCAACCCUGCUGUAGGACAUCAGUUCAAUAUGGCCCAGAGACAUGGGCAUCCUGCAUUCUGUAUCCCUGCUUUUUUUUUUUUUUCUUUUCUUUCUUUGGCCUUGCCAUGCGGUGGCUUGUGAGAUCUUAGUUCCCCGACCAGGGAUCAAACCUGUGCCCUCUACAUUGGAAGCACAGAGUCUUAACCACUGGACGGCCAAGGAAGUCCCAUCCCUGCUUUUCCCUGUCCUCACUCCUGCUCGCCUCCUCGUGAGGAAAGGAGCAUCAUCGAAGUCAGAUGAGUGCCAACAUCAGGCAAAGCAGGACCUUGAGAAAUAGGUCCCUUGAAGCUUCUAAAAUAUCCUUUUUAGAAGGAUAGAAUCAGUAGAAGGAGGAUUUGGGUAUAAUAAACACUUCAUGGGAGUUUUAAAGCUGUUUAGUCAAUACAUUCUCUCUUGGAAAGGAAAAGGCCAGUAUACUAGGGUUCUUGUCACUGUGGUUGUUAUCGUGGUGAUCAUUCCUCUACAUGGUCAACAAAACAGUCAGAGGCUGUCAUACCCCUACUGGUCAUUACGAACGAUUCCUUUUUCCAACUGAAAUGAUAACGCACAAGUCUAAUUAGAAUAAAGCUCAUUAGAAACAGGCUUGGCCAUUAAUGCCUUGAUUGAUUUUUCUAAUGAAAUAAGCCAGGGGAGGAGACUUGAACAGCACUGCUAAUUAUUUUUGCUUUUCUUCGGCAUUGCCUCAAAACUUGUUAUAAAUUGUUGUUGUGCUGUAAUGAAAAUGCUGCUGAAACAUUCCCUGACGGAAGAGGCUCUGACACUUGCAGCCCCGAGGAAGCAGUGGAGGGCGCCUGACUCCUGGCCCACAGCCCUACAGGAGGAGGAUUCAACAGCAGCCCCUGGGGGGUGUCCUUCAUUUCACUUUUCCACCCUCUUCCCGCCUCCUCCUCGUCAUCUUUGUUCUGGAUUCUGGCUGGUGGUUCACAGAUGCUCAAGCUGUGGAAUGCAGCUCUCGUGCCCCUGUAUUCCUGGUUCGACAGAGUUUAAAUGUUCAGGCUCCCAUAGAAACUUAGAUCCGAGGUUGCCGCUGGAUGGUGAUACAUGCAGGAAAAGUUUUGGGGAAAAAGAUGUUAGGUGGGCAGAGAAGCAAGACGGCCCAUUAAGCGUCUGUACCAAAUACUGUUGGGAUAAUUGUGUUUCAUUAAUCAAGAUGUUCUUUGGUGCCCAGAAAGCCAGACUGCCCCACAGUGCAGGGUAGAAGGCUACCAAAGAGGCGCGACUAAGUCAGGAAACAGACUCACUAAGCCCACAGUUAGGAAGAGAGAGGAGGAAGAUGAAUCAUGCAAAGGAAGCAGACAGGUGGUAGGAGAAUUCAAAUAAUGCACAGGUCAGAAACCUAUGGAGCUUCCCAGUCAUCCAGAGAGGUUCAGGAGAGGAGGGGGAAGUCUUCAUUUGUCAGUUAGCCUGCUGUAUGAUGAGUGUAACAGUGCACACUUCCGGGCAGAAAUAAGCCUUAUUAAAGCACACUUCUAUGGGCCACACAAGGAUUCCACUGAGUGUCAAAAAGACAAAGAGGAGAGAGCAGUUCUCAUGGGUUCCCUUACCCUGCUCCUCUCCACCCGGGUGCCCCUUCCCAAUAAAGUCUUUUGCUUUAUCAGCAAAAAAAAAAAAAAAAAAAAGACAAAGGGGAAUAAGAGACGUGUUCUGUUCUGCCCCCUGUAGUAAGGGAAGCAAACAUUUUGGCUAAAAUUACUUUUAAUACGUGGUGGGAUGGAAGGAUGACUGAGGGGAAGAGACCAAUUCUCCCUAGAGCUUUCACUUGAAAUUAUGAUGUUGAACAAGAUCGUAAGACUAAGUAACCACUAAGAGAAGUCUGGGGAGGAGAGAGUAUGAGAGAAGAAAGCAAUAUAUGUGGAAAUGCAGGAUAUGUACAAGAAGGAUCUGCCAGUUUCAGACACAGUGGAUGACCGAUCCUGUUGUUUUGUUCGUCUUUUAUAUGUUUUAACCAUAUUUUCUUUGGGAUAUUAGAUGGUUUUUUUCCAUGCCUAAUAAAAAUGCUGCAAUGAAAAUAUUUGUACACUUCUAAGAAUUUUAUAAAGGUAUAGUUUACAUGCCAUAAAAUUUACUUAUUUUAUACAUACAAUUCAAUGAUUUUUAGUAAAUUUACCAAACUGCAUGACUAUCACCACAUUCCAGUUUUAGAACAUUUUCAUCACAUCAGUAAGAUCCCUCCUGCCAGCAUACAGCCAAUCCCCUUUCCCAUCUCCAGCCCCAGGGAACAAAUGCAUAUAUUUUUAAAAACAUAUAUUUGGGAGUUUAUCAUUAAUAUUGAUGUCUAUGAUUGCUAUAAGAAGGGUAUGAACGUUCUUAUGACUCAUAAUACAUAUUACCACAUUACUUUCCAAAGCAGCCCUACCACUUUACAAGGCUGCCAGCAGCGUAUGAGAGCUGCGCUUCAUUGUACACUCCCAAGAAUUGGGUAUCGCUAUUUUUAAAUAAUAUCUAAUUGUCUUCAUUUGGAUUUUUUUAUUACUGAAGCAGACCGUUUUUCUAUUUGUGUGUUUGCUGACUUUAUUUGUUCUAAAUGAAUUUCCACUCUGUGCCCUUCCCUCUUGUUGAAAUCCUCUUACAUUAACUUUUUUUAUUGAUAUGAGCUUCUCAUGUAACUUGUCACUUACACAUUGUAUGCUGCAGGUAUUUUUCCCAUUGAGGUUUGCCUUUUUAUUUUGUUUUAUUCUUUUUCUUUUGGUAUGCAAAGUUUCAUUUUUACAUGAUGAAAUAUGUUCAUCUUUUUAUUUUCUACGUGAUCUUUUUUAUGGCUUUGAGGCUAAGAGUUAUUUCCUUCUCCAGAGCUUUGACAGAAGCUCAGUUUUAUGGUCUGUUUUGUAUUAUUAUUAAGAUUUAGCACAUCAUUUCUCUUGAAAUCUGUCAUUUCUGGUGACCCUCUUUGUCAAAUACUUAAUUCUUACAUAUCUUAGGCCAUAUUACCAGGAUAUCUUAUUCUGUACUGGUGAUGUUUUUGACGGCUCCACUUUAAAAAGAACAUGAGAAAAGUGACACACAUGCAAGGGAGUAAGACCUAGGUGGAAACCUCGUUUUUCACAGGUAAUGGACCGAAGGAUGCUAUCAGUCUGGGAAGACCUAGCCUCUGGUUACAAAGGCCCUGACCGUGCCAUUCUGUGGGAGUUACAGAGAGGCAGGGUUUGGGCUCAGCUGUGAACAAUUUCAUGAGUAGCUGGAAAAGUAUCUGACAUGUUCCAGUCGUAAAGAGAAGGCUCCCUGCCUGUAAUAUGGUCAGUGGAGGUCUGUUCUACAUUAGAUGCAAGGUAGGGGAGGAAGACCUCUGGGUCCCCUUCCAACUCCAAAAUCUCAGAACUCUCUAGAUACUGUUCCUCCUUUCGUUUAUUCAGCAAAUAUUUAUUGAUCAUCUAAUAUGUCGCCAGCACUAGUCUAAGUCCUAGGGAUGCAGCAGUGCAGAAAACACUUUCAGCCCACUGGACGCAUCUAUUCAGGGGGGAAGACAGCCAAUAAAGGAAUAAAGCAAUACGUUAAUGAUGUCAGGUAAUGAUAAGUAAUAUAAAUAAAAAUGAAACAGAGUAAGAAGUGCUAUUGUAUAUAAGGAGCUCAGGGAAGACAGUGAGGUGACAUUUGAGCAGAGGUCUAGAAAAUGUGAAGUGAUGGAUGGGGUGAGGGCUGCAGGCAGGAGGAGCCAGCCAGGAAGUUGGAGGAAGGACAAGCAUCCAGGCCCUGAGGUGCCAGCUUGUUUGAGGGCCUGGAUGUAGAUGAGUAAUCCAGUGGUGGCCCAAUUUCUCACAUAGUCAGUUUAUUAACAGUUGGAUCUGUUGACCUCAUUUUUCAAUAUCAUCAUAAGAGCUAUAAUUUAUUAAGUACCAUGUGCCAAGCUUUGCCAAACACCUAUGUGUAUUACUCCUAAGUCUCCCAACAGCACUGCAAGUUAGGUCUUACUGUCCCCAUUUUACAGAUGGGGAAACUGGAGCUCACUGCUUCCUCUCUGGAACUUUCAUCUUGUUCUAGUCUACUCCAUUGGGGAAAUACUCAGUUCACAGCUGACUAUUACAUGCCUGAGGUGUAUGUAUUAGGCCAGAUGCACACACAUCUACAGAGAAGUACUAGAGACUCCUGUGAUAAACUCACCCCUGAAACUGGACAGCCAGCCCUAGACUGUUUGCCUGCGUAAACUUGAGGAGAAGAAGUGCACUUUGGAGGAAUAAUUCCUUUAUUUGAAGUCACUCUUUGAUCUGUUCCUCUUUAAACUAGCAGAAUUAGGACAAUGUCCUUUCCUUUGCUACACCUUAAUAUUGCUAAUUCGAAGCCUAGACAUUUCAACGAACAAAAAAAUCCUGACCCUAGAACCUCAGACAUGUAUGAGUUGACAUAAACUUCCAGUUUCCAAGAAAAUAAUGCAGACAGUUGAAGAGGGCAUGGAAACUCUACAGAGUAGGGCUGUGGUCAGGGAAACUGGUAGACAAAAAGCUCCUUGAGAUUUUUUGAGUCUACACCAAAACGCCUCUGUGGUUCUUCAUAGGACCCUUCCUUGUCAGCGUCCUCGUGCGUUUCCAUUCUUCCCACAUGUGGGGUCUCGUGGGGACCUGGCUGUCUGUAGCUUUCAGUGUGUCCUUUGCACAAGGGUGGAAUUGUGUCUAACAGUCCCUAAUGCUGGCUGCAUACAGUGUCUUUACAAAGACUUCCAUUUUGUAGUCCCUUUAAGGGGAAAGGGCAUGCUUUGGACUAAGAGAAUUGCUGUGUAGCUCCCAAACCCAGCUCACUCCCGCUUCCUGCCGUCUGACAGCUGCAGGUUUUAAGGUUCUCUUUUUAGCAUAGUUCUUUAAAAAUUUCAAUGAGACGUGAAGUCAUAUUAUAGAAACAAGCUCCCUAUCUGGCCCAGUAGAGCCUGUGUGCAGGUGGGGCCCUUGUGAUGCUGAGAUGGGGCUGCUUCAGUACGUUUUCUUGGGUUCCCCUUAAAAUGACACUGGCCACAUGGGAGCUCUUACUCUCCUUGUUUUUGAUUUCCAAGUUUUCUGUUCGUAAAAUAAUUGCUUCUCAGAGCUGCUGACAGGUGAUAAUAACAAAAAUAAAACUGAUUUGAAUUCAGUUAUCAACUCACUACAGUCAUAACAAAAGAGGCAAGGAUUAGCCCUGUGUUCUGGGCUUCUCUGAGGUUUGCCCACAAGUAACAGGACGCAGGACUCCUACCUACUUUGCAGGGUUGGUGUGAGUAACCAAUGAAAUAGUGUCUGCAAAGAAGCUGAUGCAAUUUUCCUUCUCCUUCUCAUAGUAAUUAUAAUAAUUUCAGAGGAGCAAAUGCUUGAGAAAUGGAAGUUGCAGUUUGGGUUGACGCAGAGCGUUUACAAGAGAUUUGUCCCUCAAAAGAGGGCGCUUCCCUAUGGUGACAGUAAACUUGGAGGGUCUGUUUAACCCUAUAACUCAUUUACAGAGUUGGAGACACCGCUUUAUCAGCGAGUGCACCAGUUCACGUGUGUGUGUGUCUGUCUGUCACUGCAUCCAAGUUCUUCCUUGUGGAUAAGAUGCCCUCUGAACCCCAACAUUGGCCACCUAGGCCUUUGCUUUGAUUGAGGCUUCUUAAGAAGGGAAGGGAUUGAGGUGUCUGCCAUAGAAGCUUUAUUUGAGCACAUGGGGUUCUGGCCCGUCUGGGGUGCAAGGCUGAGGUGGCAGGAAGGGCUCCCUGACACCUGGCAGAGUACCAUUUGUGACGACAGUUCUCACCCACCCAACCGCCAUAAGGAAGGUGGUCCUUAUUCUCCUGCCAGGGCCUGGACAAACAGGGGGUUUAAUAGCAGUAGUAGUAAUAAUAGCAGCAGCUAAUAUUUAUUGACCACCUGCUAGAAACGGUAUUUUUCCCAUGUAAUCCUGAUCACAACCCUAUGAAACAGAGACCAUGAUUCUCCCCAGGAAACCAAAGCCCGAAGAUUUGCCCAGUGUCUCACAACAGUGUGUGUCCACAUAUACACUGGAGAAGUCCUCUCCUUUCCUAACGUAAACUCCAUGAGCCCGCCUUUCCCCUCCAGCCAGACGCUCAGAGGCCACUCGCAGGUCUACUGUCUGAGCCCCAUGAGUUGAGGAUACGUGGAGAGCAUCAUCUGAUACAUUUCUGAUAGGUUUGGAUGUGUCCUGUUGCCCACAAUGGAGAAUAAACUCCCAACGGUCCACGAGGGUCUCCUUUCUAGCUCUCCACCAUGUGGCUCAGGGAGUGUCUCCUGGGUGGUCUGGGCCAAGGCAACAGCUGGCAUCUGCUUGGACACGGUCACCAGGGAGGUGUCAUUGGGGACACACUUCUCUUGUCAGGAAGAUUGCUCACCCAGCUUCCCUGCCCAGGAGACUUUUUUUUGCAGCAAGUAAAACAAGCCUGGAGAUGACACCAGGCUCAAAAACUCUGCAAGGAGCAGGGGUGAGAGUUGGCGAUGUGAUAGCAGAAGAAACCAAAAUCUGCUAAUUGGUGAACCAUUCAAAGAGAACACGCAAUCUGGGGCCGGUUAGCACGGGAAUGGGCCACCCUCGUGCUUUUGCAGACCCCGAAGACUCCUUGGUGUGGCAGCACUUUUUUGUUUGUCGGACACACGUGUACACCUGUGUACACACAUACAUGUAUAAAAUUAUGUGCCAGGCCCGAUUUAAUCACUUUACUACUAUUAACUCACUUAAUCUUCAGCAACCACAUGAAGUUGGUACUGUUGUUAUCUUCGUUUUACAGAUGGGGAAAGUGAGACACAGAGAGGUAACUUGAUCAAAAUCCCAGAGCUAGUGAGUCACAGAGCCAGGAUGACUGCCCAGCCAGGUGGUACCGUCGUGCAUUAGAAUGAUGCUGAAAUAUUAGGAGAAUGUGAGCUACUUCCAAUAUACAGAUACUGUGACAAAGAAACAUGUCAUACAUUUGAGAAAUAGUUGUAUGCGAAAUUAUUAUUUUCUUUAUGUUUUAGAUACUUUUAGUAAUAAGUCCCAGUUAUAAAGAAAAUUUUAUUUUUAAAGGAACUUUCCCCCCAGAAUUGAAACAUGUAGUGUGUAUUUAAAAAGAAAGAAGUCGGGGCUUCCCUGGUGGCGCAGUGGUUGAGAGUCCGCCUGCCAGUGCAGGGGACAUGGGUUCGUGCCCCGGUCCAGGAA